AUGAUUUUAAGCGUUGAGCCUAAUCCUGUUAUUGUCAGCAAAACUGGCCAUAUCCAUAAUAAUGGAACUGUAGACAUUAAAAACAAUGGCUCAAACAAAUGCAUUUUCAGUGUUGAAUUUAACACAGAAAUAUUUUGUGGAAUUUCUCCAGCUUGUGGAGAGCUUAUUCCAGGAGAAUCAAGAACAUUAAAGUUUUCUUUUGAAGAUACAAUACGUGAUAAUGAAGAAUUGUCUUUUUUAGUAAGAUUUACAUCAGUUUCUCCAACUGAAGUAACAAAUUUAGCAGAAAUUGUAGCCCUUUCUAAAACAUGGCCAAACAUGGUUAAAUGCCUCAUUAAAUUUUCAACUCAUGCCGAAGAUGCACUAAGAUCUGUAGCCUUUUCAAUUAAAUCAAAACCAUCAUUAAGUCAGGUAUUACAACGAUCAGAACGUAGAGAUAUUGAUGGAGAACAACGCGAAAUGCUUCAAAGAAAAAUAAUUGAAAAGAAGAACCAAAGAAAUCAACUUACAACGAAAAUACGAAAUCUUGAAAGAGAAAUUGCACGAGAAAAAGCCAAUUUACAAGUUUUGACAUCAAAAGCUGAUUCCAAUCCACAUUUCGUGCUAAUUGGCAUAGUUUUACUGAUUGUUGCUUUUAUUGUUAAAUAUUACAGAAAAUAA